AUGAUAGAGGAGGGGUCUAUUAUAGCUGCGGCUGUCAGAGCGUUUACAAAAACGCUACGAAAGCCCUAUAGUAGCGUUUUUCGGGUGCUACCAAUACCGAUAUUUCUUGUAGUGCUGAUUACCACUGUUUUGCUCAACAGCAACAACUACCCGGAGUGGUCAACGGAACUCCGUAACUCUUUACAAGCUAAUCAAAAGACCGGCUUCAUAGAUGGAACAAUACCAAAACCAGAUACGGAACCAGAUCUUUCUCGCUGGCCGGCUGCUAACUCAAUGAUUGUUGUAUGGAUUCGAACUUCAAUAGAUGCUAAAGUUCGUUCAACUGUCAUGUUUGUUCCCGAAGCACACAAACUUUGGGAAACCCUAUGCUUCCGCUUCUCCGUCAAAAACGGUACCCGCAUACAUCAACUUAGAGACGAGAUUACCAACAGCAAACAAGAAGGUCAAUCGAUGAAGAUCCUCUACCCGAUCUUAACGUUGUUUAUUCUCGAGUUAUUCGAGAAGAACAAAAUCUUAUUGCUACCAAAACUAAAGAACAACGCUCCGAUGUUCUUGGAUUCUCUGCAAAGAUGGAACCAAGUAAGGUCAAAUCUACUUCUACGGACAACACAAGCUACCUCUCGCGUGAUCCUAAUCGCUCCUGCACUCAUUGCGGACGAAAAGGACAUGAAGUCUCCGAGUGUUUUCUGGUCCAUGGGUAUCCAGAGUGGUACCAAGAACAAUAUCAACGGUCAACUACUACAACUCCGGGACAGAAUUCAGAAAGCUUUCGUGGAGGAAGAGGAGGACGUUCAGGCGGAAUUCCAGGACGUGGUUGCGGAUGAGCUUCUCAUACUACGGCCUCCAUCAGCAAUGACCAGAUAG